UUCAGGCAAAUCAAGUUGACGAUGAUUAGUCUAUGAUGUAGAUCUUUGUCAGUGUGGCAGGAGCUUCGCCUUGGCAUCGCAGCUAGAGUUAAUCGUCGAGUCAAACUUUGUUAAUUGACCUUUCAUAAUAAGGAAGCUCAAAUACAAAAAGAUUGAGCGGGUGCAGAAAAGAAAGAAGUUUGACUUAAAAUAGAGGCUUGAGAACAUAACGGGUGGUACGAUGAUGGACAACUAAGAACAACUCAACACACACACACACACACACACACACACACACACACACACACACACACACACACACACACACACAAACACAAACAAACACACACACACACACACACACACACACACACACACACACACACACACACACACACACUCUACAGAAUGUCAGCAGUGCACUCAGCUUCACUUCCUCUCGAGGACCCGAUCACGCCCCCUCCCCUGACCACUCCUCCCCGCAAAGCCUCGGUCCGUCUGCAGGAGAGGCGGGGCUCUAACCUCUCGCUGCUAUUGGACGUGAGCAGUCUGGCGGCCGAGCCUGUGUGUUCCGUCUCCACCCCAAAGGAGGUGUGGCUUCAGCUGCUCCACACCUCCUCCCGGCCUCUCACACACACCUUGCUGCAGCUGGCGGCCACUGACAAAAACACACUGAAUGUAGAGUACCAGAAAAUCCCUCCGAACUUUGUGAGUGCCGCAGAACUCGAUGUUCCUGGGCACAUGAUCAAAGACAGAUACAAAACCAUCCUGCCCAACCCAGAGAGCCGAGUGGUCCUGAGGAACCCGGAGGAAGAGGCAGAACCAGACCGCUACAUCAACGCUAACUACAUCAGGGGUUACAGAGGGGUCCCGAGAGCUUACAUUGCCACCCAGGGGCCGAUGCUGCACACCGUGGGGGAUUUCUGGGACAUGGUGUGGCAGGAGAGGAGCAGCAUCAUCGUCAUGGUUACCAGACUGAAGGAGAACAACGAGAAAUGUGAGCUGUACUGGCCACAGCCGAGGGAGAGUAGGAGGAGGAGGAGCAGGAGGAGUGUGAAGGAGGAGGAAGAGGAGCAGAGGGAGGAAGAGGUGGAGGAGGAGGAAGGAGAGACAGAAAAGUUUGGCAGAUUCCUCCUCAGAGUGACAGACAGCCGGGAGAAAGACGGCUUCACUGUCACUGACAUGGAGAUCCAGCUGGGUUUGGAGCGUCGUAAGGUCAGACACUACUGGUUCACCUCUUGGCCAGACCACCACAUCCCACAAUGCACUGCUCCCCUGCUGAGACUGGUCGAGGAGGUGGAGGCGUUCAGGAAGUCCCUCCCACCGCCAAGCCGUCAGCCAAUCACAGCCCCCGCAUCGGAUCCUGGACCAAUCGUCAUCCACUGCAGUGCAGGUAUCGGCCGGACCGGCUGUUUCAUCGUCAGCAGUAUCGGCUGUCAGCAGCUCAGAGACACCGCGCAGGUUGACAUCCUGGAGACCGUCUGCCAGCUCCGCCUCGACAGAGGUGGUAUGAUCCAGACCACAGAGCAGUACCAGUUCCUGUACUCCACUCUGGCCCAGUACAGCCAGCAGCUGCAACUCAACCAGGAGCAGAACCAGAACCAGCAGAACCCAGAGGACCAGGUGAGCAAUCAGCUACAGAACCUGCAGCUGGACAACACACCGAACAAGAAGAACUUGGAGAACCAUCAAAGCUCGAUACAGACCUGAAAAAAACCCAGGAGACCACAGAACCAGCAGAAUGUAUGAAAAUUAUUGUUAACAGAACCAGAAUAUGGAGAAACGUAUUGGACACCAGCAACAACACUCAAAAACAUGCACUUACAGGCAGAGAAUUUGGGAACCAGGGUCCAACAGGAAAGGUUGCUUUGUGCAGCAGAGGCUAAGAGAACCCAGGUGUUCAUGCUCACUGUGGACUGUCGCAAUACAGGUUUUCACUACAUGAUUAUCAUGGCUGGAAUAAUUUACAUUAACGAUGUUGUCGCUGAUAUGUAUUGAGCAUUUGAGUGUCUUGAUUGAGUGUGUAAUGAUCGCUUGUCCCCAAUUUUAAUGCACAUUAAGUAUUGAUAUUUUAUUUUUAUUUGGCCACUUGUUAGAUAGACAGGACAGAAGGGCCACGUUUAGGAUUCAAACACGGACACUCGACACCUUUUUAUGCACUUCUAUUUAUGUGAUGUCUUAUUUGUUCUCUUUGUAUUUAUAUAUUUGAUAAAUGUUUUCUAAUUGUUUUUAAUCUUUUGAACAGUUUAUCUUUCACCAUCAUUUGUCUGUUAUCCACUGGGGAUUUGCAUCAUCAGACUUGAUGUGUUCAUUUGACUUUCAUCGUUUCUCACCAUGGUUUGGUUUUCUGUUGAUAUAGUGCCGUGUAUCCUUUGUGACUUUUGUAAACUUAAGUAAUUAAAAUAAAUUACACAAAUAUUUAA